AUGAAUGGGCAUUAUCAUGACCAUGGUGUUUUGGAGAAUGAUCAUGACCACAAUGACUUGGAGGAUAAGCAUUUUGAGCAGGGGCAGGAGCAUGAUCAUGAUUUGGAGAAUGAGCAUGUUGAAGAGCAGGGGCAGGAGCAUGAUCAUAGUAUUUUGGAGAAUGGGCAUGUUGAGGAGCAGAGGCAGGAGCAUGACCAUGGUGUUUUGGAGAAUCAGCAUGACCAUUGUGUCUUGGAGAAUCAGCAUGUUGAGGAGCAGGAGCAGGAGCAUGAUCAUGAUGUUUUGGAGAAUGAGCAUGUUGAGGAGCCGGGGAAGGAGCAUGAUCAUGGUGUUUUGGAGAAUGAGCAUGUUGAGGAGCCGGGGAAGGAGCAUGAUCAUGGUGUUUUGGAGAAUGAGCAUUUUGAGGAGCAAGGACAGGAGCAUGACCAUGGUGUUUUGGAGCAUGAACAUGUUGAGGAGCAGGGGCAGGAACAUGUUGAGGAGCAGGGGCAGGAGCAUGAUCAUGAUGUUUUGGAGAAUGAGCAUGGGCAGGAGCAUGACCAUGGUGUUUUGGAGAAUCAGCAUGACCAUUGUGUCUUGGAGAAUGAUCAUGUUGAGGAGCAGGGGCAGGAGAAUGAUCGUGAUGUUUUGGAGAAUGAUCGUGAUGUUUUGGAGAAUGAUCAUGUUGAGGAGCCGGGGAAGGAGCAUGAUCGUGAUGUUUUAGAGAAUGAGCAUGUUGAGGAGCCGGGGAAGGAGCAUGAUCAUGGUGUUUUGGAGAAUGAGAAUGUUGAGGAGCCGGGGCAGGAGCAUGAUCAUGGUGUUUUGGAGAAUGAGCAUGUUGAGGAGCCGGGGCAGGAGCAUGAUCAUGGUGUUUUGGAGAAUGAGCAUGUUGAGGAGCCGGGGCAGGAACAUGAUCAUGGUGUUUUGGAGAAUGAGCAUGUUGAGGAACCGGGGUAG